AUGUGUCGUUUUCUGAUCUACAAAGGCCGAAAUGAGAUCCGUCUCAGCAAGCUCGUCACAGAACCCAGCCAUUCAAUCCUCACACAGUCCUACGACUCGCGACUAAGAUUAGAUAACCGCCGCCCUGUAAACGGUGAUGGCUUCGGAGUAGGCUUCUACACAGACCCCAAGCUAGGACCAGAGCCCUGCAUCUUCACAUCCACACUUCCAGCCUGGAACUGCGAGAACCUAGAACGUCUCGCGUCCAAGACAUGCUCGAAUCUAAUCUUUGCUCACGUCCGCGCCACCACGGAGGGUGCUCUCGCCGACAACAACUGCCAUCCAUUCCAGCACAACACGCUCAUGUGGAUGCACAACGGUAACAUCGGCGGAUGGAACUACAUCAAGCGCACCCUGGGCGAGUCUCUCGCCGAUAAGUGGUAUCUAGGCGUCAAGGGCGGGACAGACAGUGAAUGGACCUUUGCGCUAUUCCUGGACCUCCUUGCGAAGGAAGGUGUUAAUCCCAGCUCUGAUCCUGGGCCGGAAGGUUUUGGACAGGCGCUGCUGCGGAAGGUCAUGAUGAAGACUAUUGCUCGGAUCAAUGAGCUUGUGCGUGAGGCUCGGGCUAAGUAUGAUGUUGCUGUUGAGACGCGGAGUUUGCUAAAUUUUGCGGUGACGGAUGGUCAUACCGUUGUUUGCACGAGGUAUAUUAGUAGCAAGACGGAUGAGCCGGCGAGUUUGUACUUCUCUUCUGGGACUAAGUGGAAGGAGGGGAAGACGAAGGGUCAUUUCAAGAUGGAGCGUCAUGAUAAGGGGGCUGAUAUUGUGCUGGUGGCUAGUGAGCCGAUUACUUUUGAGCGACACAACUGGGUCUCAGUCCCAACAAACUCUGUCGUGACAAUCCACAAACAAACUGUCCUGCUACACCCAAUCUUGGACGAGUUCUACGGCGAAGACCUCAACCAUGACCGCUCCUCUUGCUACGCAGUCUCCAAGGGUCUCGUCAGCAAAGCCCCCGGUACUACUGUGCCGCCGCAGGAAGCGACAGAAAAGUGCGCGCCCUCCGCAACCAACGGGACUGGCCUGGAUGAUCAUCGGCUCGGACACGCUGCCAGAUGUGCGGCGACGCACUAG